UUGAAUUCAUGUAUUGUGUUCCUUUUUCAUGCAGGCAUUGAAACCCUAAGGGCUACUGAAGUUAAAGACACUACAGCAACAUUUUCUUGGGAUGCGAAGGAGAUUGAUGGGAACGAAGUUUUUAACGUCAAGAUUUACGUCUUCCCAGCUAAAAACACUGCAGAUAGUUCAAUCUGGGAAUUUUCUGAGCCCAAUCAACAGAUUUGCAUAGUAGGUAACCUUUCCUCUAAUACAAAAUACGCCGCAUAUGGUGUUAUGUUUUUGAAAGAAUUCGUCCCGGAAGAAGGUUCUCCAAAUAUUGUUGAUUUCCAGACUACACCAAUGAUUAACUUAUUUGAUGUUGACACUAAAUUUAAUGCUAUUUCUUUCCAUUUCAUUUACACAGCACCUCAGAAAAUUAAAGUGAGCUCACGAACUGAUUCAUCCAUUGAGGUAUCGUGGAAGAUACCGGAAAAUGAGGUGAAAUCACCACCGAUUAAUUACAUAGUGAAAGCAAAUGAUAGAGGAUGCAAUUCUACGCAGAAGGAUACAUGCGAAGUUAAAAAUCUUACUUCAAAUACGUUCUAUGAAGUCACAAUUGAAGCUUGUUCUGCCGAGAACUCGAGCAUAUGCAGUGAAAAAUCAGAUGUUUCAGGAUUUACAGCACCAGCAGCUGUCAAAGGCCUUCGAGUCAGCAGAGUAGGAAGUCAUAAAGCAAUCUUCUACUGGUCAGAGAUACCUCCAGGAACCGGCAAAUUGAAAAACCUCACAGUUUACGUUUUUCCCCGUGGUGGUUCUAAAGACGAGACCAUUGGUAAAUGUACUACCACUGAUGCAGAUAUCAAUUCCAUGCCAACGUGCACAGCAAUGGCUCUUUCACCGAAUGCACAAUAUUCCGCCACGGCUGUCGUUUGUUCGGAAGAUGAAUAUGGCUGCAGUAUGGAAUCGGAUACAAUUGAUUUUCAAACACCUCCACCUGCUCCAAUUCAGAUAGUCGCAGGGGCGGUGGGAAGGGAAAGUGUGGAGGUCCAAUGGACCCCUGUAUUAACUCAUGGUUUCGUCGGGUAUCAAGCUGCAGCUUUUUCACUCAGUGGAAAUUCCCAGUCCAAACCACAAACCUGUAAGGCAGAUGCCAGUGAAAAAAGUUGUGUUAUAAGAAACCUUCAACCAUCUACGAGGUAUACUAUAACCGUUACAUCAUAUACAAAGACUUCAGAUGGCAAAACGCUCUUUGGAGAUGAGAUUCUAUUCCUAAACAUCAGCACAAAAGCUGGAGUUGACCUCCGAAAAGUCGUUGCCGCCAUCAUCUUGAUCCCCCUCUUUGUUGUUCUCCUAUUUUUAAUUCUCUUUGCUUUACGCAAUCGAAUCCCCGCCUUACAGCCAUUAUUUAAUCGCAGACCUAGAGUAGAUACUGUGCAAGCCCCGAUGGCAACUAUUUCCUACAGAGACGGUAAGACUACUGUUGAAUGUCUAUCUACACGCUUAAAAACAGUAACAGAUUUCGGCAAAUGA